UUAAAUUCCUAUCUAAAGAUCCAUUUUUUUCUCGAUUCUCAAAGCAAAGCCAAAAAAAAACAAAGCUUUUUUUUUGUGUGGGUGUUUUAGUCUUACCGGAAAAAAAAUGUCGUCGUCGGCGGGACUUGGAAAAUGCAGCAAGAUCCGCCACAUUGUGAGGCUCCGACAAAUGCUGCGGCAGUGGAGGAACAAGGCUCGCAUGUCGGCCAGUCGUAUCCCGUCUGAUGUUCCGGCGGGACAUGUGGCGGUCACAGUGGGGACUAGUUGCCGGAGGUUCGUCGUCAGGGCGACGCACUUGAACCACCCCGUGUUUAGGAAACUCCUCAUCCAAGCCGAAGAAGAGUACGGAUUCACUAACCAAGGCCCAUUGGCGAUCCCCUGCGACGAGACGGUAUUCGAGGAAGUGAUCCGGUUCAUUUCUCGGUCGGAGUCGGGUCACUCCGCCGCCGCUAAGUUCGUCAACAUCGAGGGUAACUGUCACGUCGGAAUGUGGAGUAAUAAGCUCGAUUUGUGGACCGAAUCUCGACCGUUACUCAAUGGGUUGGCUGAAAAAACAAUUUGGUAAAUAAAAAAAUACAGUGGAAAGUGAAAAAAGAAGGAAACUUUGAUUCUUACCCGACCGAGUUAGCUCAAGUCAAGUGAGUAAUCAACGAGUUGGCCGAGUUGAGGAGGUUCAUACUUAAUACUAAUUCAUGGGUUUUACUUACCACUGUAAAAAAAAAAAGGUAAGUUGGUUGGUUAUUUUACUUCUUUUUUUUUCCAUAAUUGAGGGAGGAGGGGUAAAAGUUAAAACGUGUUGAGUCAAUGGAGAUGGCUGAAAAGGUGGGUGAGUGAUCCGCCGAGUCGUCCCGAGUUCGGAUGCAGACUUUGACACGCGUGAAAUUCACUGCUGUAAAUUCCGUGAUUGAGGAGGGAAAAAAAUUGUAGAGAUUAUAUUAUAUAAUAUAUUUUCCAAUCAAUGAUAUUUAAUUAUUUUCCAUUA